AUGGCUAACAACGUGAAUUUGCAGAAUAUCCAGGCCCGGGUUUUCCCAAAAAAAAAACAGGAAUUCAUCUUUUUCAACAUCAAAGAUGCUGUUCAAUUCAAAGCGGCGCUCCCAAAGCUGAAGGUAGACACGAGCCACAACGUCCUUGGUAUCCGUCGCCAAAUUGAAACGGCCAAAGCACGGGAUGCUCAUGCAAUUGUGUCCGUAGCCCUUGUGAACAUCUCGUUCUCGAGGAGUGGGCUUACGGCACUGGGUAUUUUUGAGCAUCCAGGAGGCCCCGACGAUCCCUUUGAGAAAGGCCAGUUAGCUGAUGCGGCAAACCUUGGGGAUGUUGGCACAAGGAUGCCUGACGAUUCCUUCGACCCAAGCUGGGAGUUGGCUUUCAAAUCUCCCCUCGAUGGUGUAUUGAAUGUGGCAGGCGACUCAUUGCAAAGGGUCAAGUCGAAGAUCGCCGAGAUCGAAGCAAUUUUCGGCCGCUCCAUUGAAGUGAUAAACCAGCUCAAAGGAACAGUACGCCCCCGAGAAAACAAGGGGCAUGAGCACUUUGGCUGGUCUGAUGGUAUCUCCAACCCAACAUUGAGAAAUGUCGGAGGAAUUCCGGCUCCACUGCCUGGACAACUCGUUGUUUCACCAGGCGUCAUCAUAUGCGGACGCCUGGCCGAUCCGGUUGCUGAUCGUCCUGAAUGGGCUACUGAUGGUAGUUUCCUUGCUUUUCGAAAGCUUCAGCAGCUGGUACCAGAGUUCCGAGAUUUCUUGCUCAAAAACCCAUUACAAGAAACGUAUCCAGAUCGUAGGAAGGGUAGUGAGCUACUCGGAGCAAAGCUUUUCGGUCGAUGGCCGAGCGGUGCCCCCAUCCAGCUAAGUCCCUUGGACGAUGAUCCGGCGCUAGGAGCCGACCCUCAGAGGAACAACCUGUUCAACUAUCCAAAUGACCACGGCGAUGCUGGUCAGAACGGGUGUCCUUACUCUGCUCACAUACGCAAAACUCAGCCUCGCGGUGACCUUGCACCUAGCGCAACCGAACAAUCGGGCGUUUUUCGAACCAGUAUUGCUUAUGGGCCGGAGCUCAGUGAAGACGAGAAGAACGGCAAUACAACUGAGUUCUCUAGAGGCCUUGCGUUCCUGUGUUAUCAAAGCUCCCUGAACCAUGGAUUCCGCUUCAUUCAAACCUCAUGGGCCAACAACAUUGAUUUUAUCAAUGGCCGAGGCAUUAGGCCUGGAUAUGAUGCUAUCAUUGGGCAGAAUAGCGGAAGAGCGCGCGAAACGUUGGGAACUACGGAAGGAUACAGCAAAAGUCUUCCAAUGGACUUCGUGGUCUCCUGUGGCGGAGAGUACUUCUUUUCGCCUUCGAUUGAGGCGUUGAGGAACCGGUUUAUACAGUAG